AUGGAUGUGGACAAUAGAAUCCAAGUUUUAGAAGACGAUACCGACGUAUUUUCGACAGUUAAUAACAUUGUAAAAAAUGGUCAACAAAAAGAAGGAUUUUAUUUAUGUGAUGUUAGUGAAAUCGUUAGAAAAUAUUCUAACUGGAAGAAAUUCUUCCCAAGGAUUCCCUUAUUCUAUGGAGUUUCUGAAACAUUUGUGGAUACGAAUUAUCCAGAUAAAUAUUUAAGUAUCGAUAAAUAUAAUUUCAUUAGACAAGAUCAUCCAACGUUCGGGGAAGGAGUAGCUAUUUAUAUAAAGUCCAUCUAUAAAUUCAAAAAGAUCCAGUGUGAUGUCAUCAAUAAUAAUAUUGAGCAAUUGUGGUUUAUGGUGAAUAUUUCUAAUUUUAAAGUGGCUAUUGGUCUAGCCUAA